GUCUGUUUAUUCUCUCUCGAAAAGCCUCUUCUUUCUCUCUCUACAAAAGCCGGAAGCUCCUCGCUCUCUUUCAUCGACCAAAAACCAGAAGAGAUGGCGGGUAGAGGAAAGGCCAUCGGAGCAGGAGGGUCUAAGAAGGCGACAUCGAGGAGCAGCAAAGCUGGUCUCCAAUUUCCGGUGGGCCGAAUUGCUCGAUUUUUGAAGGCAGGGAAAUAUGCAGAGAGGGUUGGUGCUGGUGCUCCUGUUUAUCUUGCUGCUGUUCUUGAGUAUCUUGCUGCGGAGGUGUUGGAACUUGCUGGAAAUGCUGCUCGUGAUAACAAGAAGUCAAGAAUUGUUCCGAGGCACAUCCAACUUGCAGUGAGAAACGAUGAGGAGUUGAGCAGGUUGCUUGGGACUGUCACCAUUGCCAAUGGUGGGGUUUUGCCAAACAUUCACAGUACCCUUUUGCCCAAGAAAAUAGCACCCAGUGGUGGUUCAAAGGCAUCUGCUGAAGAGUAGAGAGAAUGGCGUUUUCUCUAAAUUAGGGUUUUUUAUUUUUAUUUUUAGGGAUUUCUUUUUGUUGGGCACCUGUAAUGUACAUUCCCGGUAAGAACUGAUGCUUAGCCUCGUUGGGUUCUUUGGAUAAUCAUUUGUUAAUGGAAUAUGGGAUUUUUAAUGUGGUUAUUUUUUC